UCCUUCUGUUUCUCCUGCUGGAAUGCUGGGCCCUGCCAUUAAUGCUCAGGGUGACUUAAACCAGCCUUGUCCCUCAGGAGCUUCACUGACUGACUUGAGCCAGGUGGCCCGGAAGUUUCCAUGGGUCUAAUCUCUAACCCUGGAGACGCUGACCAUUCUACAUGGCCCCCAGGGAAGGGGAGGCAGAGGUCAGCCUCCUCACCUCCCCAACUCUUCCCUAGGUAUCUGCCAUUCCUGGGGGUCCUCACAGGGAUUGGGACCGGCUUUGGGGCCUACAAUAUGGCCAUGGCCGUGAUGAGCCCCUGCCCCCUCAUGCAGGGCCACUGGAGUGGAGAAGCCUUCAUUGUGGCCUCGUGGGUGCUUUUCAAUGGUUGUCUGAGCUAUGUCAAGGUGAUGCUGGGCGUGACCCUGCGUGACCAUAGCCGCAGCGCCCUCUUGUGGUGUGGGGCGGUGGUGCAGCUAGGCUCGCUGUUCGGAGCUCUGCUCAUGUUCCCGCUGGUCAAUGUCUGGCGGCUCUUCUCAUCCGCGGACUUCUGCAGCCUGCAGUGCUCUGCCUAGGCCAGCUGGAAGCACCUGGAAACUGGAACCCAGAGAGGCAAGGCAAGGGCCCAAGAUUACAGGGCAAGUGGUGGGGGUCUCGGAGGCACAGCCUGAGGACUUGAACCACCAACACAAACUCCUCUCGGUAAGGUGGGGAAUGCCACAGUCCUCCCACAAGACCUGAAAAUGCAAAGUACCGCCCUACCUAACUCUGAGUCACAGUGCCUAUAAUUCCACCCUUUCAGAACUUCCUUCCACUCUUGAGAAAUAACUGACUAGAAGCACCCGGCUGGAGGCAGGCUCAAGGGUGUUAGAAGGAAAAGAGCUGGGAAGGUGAGCUGGCCUUACAAACUGUAUGACCUCGGGAAAGUCAGUUGAUUUCUCUGUGUCUCUGUUUCCAUAAAGUGGGAUUAUAAUAAAUAGCACCUACCUCAUAGGCUUGGCACAGGAAUAAAAGGGAAACACACUUAGUGUGUAGCAAGCCUUUCUGGGCGUCUUCCUGAUUUGAUGGCCAACAGAAAUAACAGGAGUGACAGUCAACACAGCCUAAAGUGGCCAGAGGGCUUGAGAAAUGACACCUGCCCCAUAUUCUUUUCCCCACUAGUCUCACAGAGGAGCUUCUAGAAGACAGGUGGCUAAUGGAAUCUCAGGCAUGUCGGCUCCCCAGUUCUCAGUAUGAACGGACAUUGUGUCCCACACACCCCUUUCCAUCUCCCCUCCUGACCCAGGAAGGCCUGCUUUUUGGAGAGUAAGUGACCUCCUGGUAGGCAGAGAGGGGUGAUGAGGCGAGGGGCUACACCAAGCCUCUGAAAGUGAGUCCCCACCCAACUCAUCAAGGCUGAAAAGUGGACACCUAGGACCCCAGAAAGCAUUUCUUCCGACUGCAAGGAGGAGUAUGCAGAGGGGUGUAUUAGCUACCUGAUUGUUUUUUGGUUUUACUUUUUCUUGGUGUGUUUUUUUUUUAAAUAAAGACAUUCCCUGCUUUUA